AUGGGAAAUUAUAAUUCCACACCUGAUCUUAGUAAUACUGCUAAUAUCAAUAAUGACAGUAUUUUUAAAGUUGAUAAUAUAAAUUCUCAUGGUUGUAAACAUUCAUCAGCUAAAAUUCAAGUAUCUGAUGAUAGUUUAUGUAUUCAUCAAAAACAUCGACAAUCAUUAUUUAUUCCACUUGAUACAAUAAAACGUUAUGGUUUAGAUGAUUCAAUUUUUAUACUUGAAUGUGGUCGUCGUGCACCACUUGGUCCAGCACGUUAUGCAUUUCGUUGUAAACAAGCUCGAGAUCUUGUUGAUUGUCUUGAUCAACGUAUAACAAUGAUUUCUAAUCAAUUAUUGGAACAUCAACAUCCCCAACAAGAUAUAUCAUUAUUAAGUUUAACAAAUGUUUCAUCAACAAUAAAUAAUCUAGGACGAAUACAAUCAGCUAUGUCAUUAUCUUCAGCAACAUCAUUUUAUAGAAAUUCAGAACCUGAUUUAUCGGAAAAUUACUUUGUUUUCCGAAACGAAAAUGACGAACAUUCAAAUGUUGAAGAAAUUAAUUAUGCAGAAUUUACUAAAUCAGAUCCAUCUGUUGAAACAGCUAGUACUAUUGAUAUGCAUAAAACAAAUACAAAUAAUAUCUCUGGUAGCCAAAAUAAUACAGGAAUAACAACAGCUUCUCUUUUUCCAGAAUCAUCAAUAACAAAAACAAAAUCUUAUGUUUAUAUUGAUCAUGAAAAAACAACAACAUUAAAAGAAAUAACCCAAGACCGAUUACAACAACAUCCUAGACGUAUUGAAGCUUAA